AUGUUUGGAGUUGUGUUGGCAGCGACUUACACUGCGACCUUAUUACGCUCUCUUGUGCCCAAACAAGUGAAACCGUUUGAAACUAUUCAAGACCUCUUAGAUUUACCGGACUGGCAGAUUGGUGUUCUGGGCAGUACGUCUGAAGUUAUUAUUCUCAACACAUCUAAAAAUGACGAUGUUCAAAUGUUUUGGAAAUCACUUAGAAGUCGCACACAGAAGGAUGCUGAUAUUCAAUCAACAGAUAUAAACUUACAUAUGAAAAGGGUUUCUCAGGGGAAAUAUGCAUUUGUAUCUUCGGAGGGUGGUGAACGCAUGAAAAUUCACGGAGACUGUUCACUAGAAUUUAAUGACCGUCUAUUUAAUGUUCCAAAUAUUGAAUACUCCAUGGCAGUCCCAAAAGGCUCUCUUUUGAAGACGGAAAUAGAUGAUUUUGUAGAUAAAAUUGAGAAUAGUGGUUUACUUGAUGAAAUAAUGAAACCACAAGAUAAUCGCCAAUCUCAAUGUGGAGUAAUUGAUCAAACAGUCAAACCCCUUUUCUUGGAUAAUGUCAAAGGUGUAUUUGUUUUACUUGCUGGUGGUGUGGUCAUAGCUGGCAUAACGUUGGUGAUCGAAAAUGUGCGGCACUAUAGACGGGCUUCAGGUACAAUACGGUGA